UGACGCCGGGACUGAGCCGCUCCCUUCUUGUCAGGACCGGGCCCAGACUUGGGCCGUGGCAGCCAGCUGGUUUUGCUGUUGCUUCUCUGACAAGAACUAGAGGAAGCGAAUUCGAAUUUCUGCUGCUUGUAUUCUUUUUCAUGCUGAAGUUGUCUGAUCAGGGUAACUUGCUUUCUGUGCUGCUGAGAGGAUGUAGUGGAAAUGAUAGCAGAGCCCAAUUCCGUUGCCAAUCUCCCCAACCACAAAGAAAAUGGGAUCCAUGAUGAGACUGUCCCUGAAUCCACUGCACAGAAUGGCAGCUGCUUGAGAAAUGGCACCACUAAAACUUUUAGAGGGAAAAGAAAAAUCCGAGAACAAUGCGAAAACCGAAGAAGAAACUCUUCCAGUAGUAGACGGUCAAGCCAGCUGCAAAAUGGAGAAGUGGUUGAAUCAGUUACUUUAUUUGAGGUGGUCAGCAUGGGCAAAAGAGCUAUGCAGUCUGUGGUAGAUGACUGGGUUGAAGCCUAUAAAAAGGAUCGAGAUGUUGCACUUUUGGACCUCAUCAACUUCUUCAUCCAGUGCUCAGGCUGUCAAGGAAUGGUUACAGCAGAGAUGUUCCAGAGUUUUCAGAAUUGUGAGGUGAUGCAGAAAAUGACGGAAACAUUUGAUGAAGAAACUGGAUUGCAGUAUAAAAAGUUCAUGGCUUAUCCCUGGAUUUUGACUGUUACUUGGCCGGUGGACAUGGACAACGAAGAUUAUCCUCUGAUCAAAGCAGGGUCCUACUGGAAGAAGUUCAAGGCUAAUUUUUGUGAGUUCAUCGCGGUACUGGUCCAACAGUGCCAGUGCAGCAUCCUCUAUGACAGCUAUUUGAUGGACACAGUCAUCUCUCUUCUUACGGGCUUGGCAGAUUCUAUGGUCAGAGCAUUCCGGCACACCAGCACACUGGCAGCUAUGAAGCUUCUGACGGCACUUGUUAACCUCAAUCUAAAUCUAGAUGUAAGUAAGCAUAAUCUGGAAAGAUUAUAUGAGGUGGAAAAGAGCAGGAUUACGGGCAAAAGGACCAAUUCUAGACUGGACCAGCUGGAGAAGAGAAAGAGAGAGUAUGAACAGAAACCUAUGGAGAUAGAGAAUAUGAUGAAUGCUAUUUUCAAAGGGACCUUUUUGCAACGCUAUCGUGAUGUUAUUCCAGAAAUCCGGGCUAUUUGCCUUGAAGAAAUGGGCAGCUGGAUGAAAAUUUACCCUGAUACAUUCUUAAAUGAUAGUUACUUGAAAUACAUUGGAUGGAUGCUGUACGAUAAACAACCUGAAGUCCGACUGAAAUGCCUUCAGGGACUACAAGGAAUAUAUGGCCGAAAAGAGCUUGUUUGUAAAAUGGAUCUUUUUACUAGCAGGUUCAAGGAUCGAAUUGUGUCUAUGACUCUGGACAAGGACCAUGAAGUAGCGGUUCAAGCCAUGAAACUCUUGAUGCUUAUGUCACAGAACUGUGAAGAUGCAUUGUCAUCUGAAGACUGUGAAACCUUAUACCAAUUUGUUUACACCACCCACCGACCACUGGCCAUAGCAGCUGGGGAACUACUUUAUAAAAGAUUGAUUGUCCAGGAAAUUGAGAUGAAAGGUUUUGCCAAAAGAAAUGGGAAACAGGAACCCGUUGUUAACCAGCUGAAAAUGCUAAUCAUUUUCUUCUUGGAAAGUGAGCUACAUAGCCACGUCACGUACCUUGUAGACAGCCUAUGGGAUUGGGCCAUGAGUUUAUUGAAAGACUGGGAGUGCAUGACGGCUCUCUUACUGGAAACUGCUGAUGAUCACGAAGGAGUGUUGAGUGAUGCCCAAGAGAGUGCCCUCAUUGAAAUAAUCUUAGCAACUGUUCGAGAAGCUGCUGAAGGUCAUCCUCCUGUGGGCAGAGGAGGGAGCAGGAAGAUCCUGUCUGCCAAGGAGAAGAAAAUACAAGUGGAAGAUUGUAGUAAAAUUACUGAACAUUUCGUUGUGGUGCUUCCUCAGCUCUUGGCCAAGUAUUCAGUAGAUGCCGGAAAACUGACAAACCUCCUGCAAAUCCCACAGUAUUUUGAUUCAGCGCUGUACAGUAAUGGACACCUGGACAAGCACUUGGAUGCAUUGCUGAGAGAAGUGAAUGCCAUUGCAACCAAACACUCUGACCCAGAUGUCCUGGAGGCUUGCUCCAGGAUGUACUAUGUUCUUUGCAGUGAAGAACCCACUGUACAUAACAAAGUGGAUUUUGCUAAAGCUGAACUGGUGGAUGAACUGGUGGACAAGCUAAAUGAGCUCUUGGGUAACUUUUGGUGUGAGGGAGGAGAUGUUUGUGCAGAAGAAGAAGGGAUUCACCACAUGUGCUCCACUUUGAGAAGAAUUACUGCUUUUCAUAAUGCCCAUGAUCUCACUAAGUGGAAUCUUUAUGACAAGAUGUCUAAACUGCUUGUUUUUGAGAUGGAACAAAGUUCUUUACCUGUUCAGAUCCUUCUGCCUACUUUACAAUGUGCUUAUUUUGCACUGCUUUGGCAGCUCACUUCUGUGGCAGAACACACUUCUUCCAAGGAAAACGUCUUUGUUUUGAGGACACAUUUGAGGCACUACUGCCACAUCUGCACAUGCUACCUCAGCCACUGCAACAGAGAGUUACGUGAAAAGGCUUUUAUGAUACUUUGCGACUUACUCAUAGUUAUAAGUCAUCAAGAUUCAAGCAACCAUGGAGCUAUUGGGUUACUGGAGUAUCUUCCCAGUACGUCUCUUCAGUCAAAAAUGCUCUUAUUUAUUCAGGAUCAUGUUUUCACAGAGGAGGAAGAAGAAACCAAAGAGUUGACAGAAGAGGAGGAGAGGAAAAAAGAAGGCCAGAAAUUGGAUGCCUUACACCUAAGGCGAUGCCUCCUUGCAGCUUAUUGCAAGUUAAUCAUCUAUAAUGUCGUUGAGAUAACUGCAGCUGCUGAAAUCUAUAAGCAUUAUAUGAAGGCCUAUAAUGACUUUGGAGACAUAAUUAAAGAAACUUUGAGCCGGACAAGGCACAAUGACAAAAUUCAAAGUGCAAAGACGCUGAUCCUCUGCUUGCAGCAGCUGUUUCAGAAGCAUGUUGAAAGUCAGGAUGAUGGCAGCAGCAGCACAGAUGCCUCCUCCACCUCCUUCAACAACAUUAAAGAGCUUGCACGACGCUUUUCUUUGACAUUUGGCUGGGACCAGGUGAAAAGUCGAGAGUCAGUAGCCAUGAUACACAAGGAAGGUAUUGAAUUUGCCUUUCAAGGAGCAGCUGCAAUGGAAGGGAAGUGCCUGCCUCCCCAUCUAAACUUUCUGAUCAUCCUCAGUGAAUUCUCCAAUAAGCUUCUAAAGCCUGACAAAAGACUGGUAUACAGUUACUUGCUGAGAUAUAUACCAGAACCUGCAUUGUGUAAAGAAGAUUCCUGGUACUCACUGGGUUGGUACAGAACCUCGUUGCUGGCCAGUGAAGAUGAGGAAAGUUCUGCUAUCAGCAGCUUAAACGAAUGGCCACCCGCUAGCAUUGCUAGGACACCUUCUUUUAAAAGAAAAUUAUCCGAAGGAUCCUGGUCCAAAAGCAGUCACCCUGAGACAGCAAACAGGACUUCAGAUAUUCAUUGCCAAUCCUAUCUCCCUUCCCUGACGUUGAGAAGUAGGAAGAGACUAAAAUCUCAUGACAGUUAUCACCAAGAAUAUUCCCCAUUGCUUGGUCCUGCAACUCUGAAGAGAAAACAUAGUACCUGGACUGUAGUCAAGGUAGAAAAUGCAGUAGAAGUUCCUGCUGAAGAUGCUGAUGUAGAUGUUGUUGGUGCUGACCUGGAGACCUAAGGAACAAAGACCGCUGGACAUUAACUUCUGCUUUUUUAUGGAACUGAGACAAGAACAGAAGGUGGAAUGGACUAUACCUAGUUUCCCAGGGUUAUGACCUGAGUAUAAACUGAAAAAGUAACAUAUAGAAUGGCUACAGUUAUAAUAAUUUCAUCAGCCAGUGUUAUUACAUGCUUUCUGUACUUUCUGGUAUUAACUAUCUACACCCAUUUUUUUAAAAAAAAUAUAUA